ACACCAACUUCACUCUCGCGCAAGCACAGACUGGGCUGCUCGUAUUGUACCGUAGUGGAGCAUCGCUCAAACAUGCACAGAAUGUCAUCAGAGUAUCGACAGUAUAUACAUAGCACCGAAACUGCUGUGUUAUUAUGAUCCUGUGUCUUCUCUUCACUCCAUCAGCAUCAUGAAAUCUUCUGUACUGAACCUCAUCCCCUUCCUCGCAGUAGCGAGCGCAGCAAGCUCCGGCUGCAAGACCACACUGCCAUCCAACCUCACCCCCGGAGCCUCAACACACAACCUGACACUCUCCUCCAAAUCCGUAAUCGGCAAGAUAACACAGCGCGAAUACAUCCUGCACAUCCCCGCGAACUACAAGACCUCCAACGAUGUCUCGACCCCGCUGAUCGUCGCGUUUCACGGCCAGCAGCAGCCCGCAUGGUCGAUGGAGAAGAUCAGCGAGCUCUCCAACCCCGCGUUCAACAACAACACAAUCGUCGCGUACCCGGAAGGCAUGAACGUCCAGGCCCCCGGUGUGCAAUGGCUCGGCGACCCGCUCGCGCCCAACAGCACGACAAUCGACGACCGCAUCCUGGUCGGCGAGCUGCUGAAUCACCUCAACGCCAUGCUGUGCAUCGACACAUCGCGCGUCUACGCGGCGGGCCUGUCCAACGGCGGCGGCCUGACGGGCCUGGCCAUGUGCGACGCCGCGCUGAACAAGCGCUUCGCUGCGUUCGCCACGGUGGCGGGCGCGUUCUACCCCGACGCGAGUCUGACCGAGCCCUUGUUCGAGGGCGAUUGCCAGCCUGCGCUGAACGGCAGGAGCCUGCCGUAUAUAAACCUGCACGGGCUCGCGGACACGGUGGUGGCAUACAACGGGACCAACACGCCGCCGCCUGCUAGCAUACGCGUGCCUGAGUGGGUUGCGGGCUGGGCAACGCGGAGCGCGUGCGACCCACGGCCGUCGAGCGCUGUCGUCGAGAGCGGGACGGUAACGCAGUAUGGGUGGACCUGCGGUGGGAAGCAGGACACAGUGGUUCACAGGGCCAUCUCUGCGUUUGGCCACGGAUGGCCGAGCAUCAAGAAUCAGGGGGAGCCGUUUGAGACGCUGCGCGGUGGGCCGACGAGCUGGGAUGCUACGCCGCUCAUCUUGGAGUGGUUUGGGAAAUGGACGCUGUAAGUUGUGACCGGGGCUGGGUUAAAGCGUAGGCACGUAUGAGAAGGACUGGAGGGUAUGGAGAGCAACUAAACAUGGAUAAGAGAAGUGCUGGACGAAUACAGAUAUGCCAUAUCGUUAAUUUUAGAAUGUACAAUACCACUGAUGCUAU